AUGCCAGCCACCGCUUCCGAUGUUUGUCUUGUAAUCCUGGCCAUCUUCAUCCCCCCACUUGCCGUGCUAUUGAAGCGAGGAUGUGGGGCCGACCUGUGCAUCAACAUCAUCCUCACCUUACUUGGUGAUAUUCCCGGCAUCAUCCAUGCAUUGUUCAUUGUUUUGACUUCGCGGGAGAGACGCGACUGGCGCCAAAAUCAAUACUAUUACUGA